GACUAAUCUGCGCCCAAUAUCGAGCAACAAAACAGUGGGCGUAUAGUUCCCCGCCAGGCCGCCCGCCACACACACUCUCUCUAAGCUGGUUAGUCGGUCAUUGGUUCAUUGCCCUCCCUGAAGUAGCGGACCAACGAUGCCGCCGACGACCGAGCCUUCUCCCGACCAUGCUUCCACUGGCUCCGGCGAUAAAGACUCCGAACCCGUUCACGAUAGCAGCUCUCGAGCUCCUGUUCCUGCUCCCAAAGUCUAUAGCCAUCGCGAGGAGGAACCUGGGCCUGAGACUCCUGACAAAGAAGCUGGAGCUUUUCUGGAACUUAUUGCAUCCACUGGGAAAUUCUGGCACAACUGGGAUGACUUGAAGAUUAUGCUAUCCUCUAAGCUGAAGCAGGUUUUGUCCGAGUAUCCUGAGGUGAAAAUGACCAGUGAGGAGCAGAAAGCUUCGUUAGGAGAAACCUACCCUGAGCUGAUGAAAAGGCUGGAUGAUGCUCUUCUUAGUUUUGAUGAAGGUCCGCCCUUUACCCUGCAAAGGCUGUGUGAGAUCCUGUUGACUGCAAAGAGCAUAUACCCAAAUCUCUCAAAGCUUACUCUAGCUCUAGAAAAGAAUUUACUAGUGACCUCCACGUUGGCUGCUUGUACCGAUCUGCGUCCACUAGCACCUCAAAAGCAGGAUGAAACUGACAAAGAAAGUCCAAACGAGCAGGAACCAUCUAACCCGGAACGAAAUGGAGUCCAGCAGCCCACCGCAGCAGAUGGGGAUGAAAUAAUGGCCGAGGUCGAGACUGAUAUUGGCGAUGAGAUGACUAUUGACACGGAACCCUUCGAAGAAAUGAAAUAGUUGGAUCGAUCUCUGGAGAUGAAAAUUUAUGCACCAAUCUCGAAAAUCCUAAGCAACCUCUGUGUUAGCAUUACUGCGAAGACGCUUUAACCCUGGGGGACAACUUGACUUCAAGUGGGUGCUUCAUAACAACGGUAAACUCAGGCUUCUCCGUCAGAUCAACCUCCCCAGCAGCUUCCCACUUGAAGUUCCACACAAGAUUAGCCACAAAGUAUUCGAGAUGCAGCAUGGCUAGGGCAUACCCAGGACACAUCCUCCUUCCUGCACCAAAUGGCAUCAUCUUGAUCUCCUUGCUUCCAGUCAAAUCGAACUCACCACCUUCCAGAAACCUCUCUGGCUUGAACGCCAUGGGAUCCUCCCAAACCUGAGGAUCCCACCCCAUCUCUGCCACCAUGAAGUUCACAGCAGCAUUCUUGGGGAUCAUAAACUUGCCGUCCAGCACCGUAUCCUCCGUCACGGAAUGAGGCAGCACGAAAUGGGCCGGCGGGUGUCUCCUCAAUCCUUCCAAGCUCACCGCCCUCAGGUACUUCAUCUUCCCCAACUCCUCCUCCAAAACCUCCUCACUUCCUUCCACCAUGCUUUCGAUCUCCCGAAACAGCUUCUCCUGAACGUCAGGGUACUUCACCAAAUUCGCCAUGACCCACUCCAAUGCUGUGGUGGUUGUGUCAGUCCCUGCGCUGAGGAACUCGGUGGACAAGCUCAGAAUCUCAUCGUCGGUAAGAUUUCUCUUGUUGCCACCGUCUUCAGCAUCUGGUAGCUCCACUUCAAGCAAUGAAUCCACGUAGCAGCUCAGUGCUUGUUCUUCCUCCUCCACCUUUCCAACUUUGUCCCUCCUAGCUCUGAUGAGAGGGAGAAAAACCCGAUGCUGCUCAUGAUGGAGUUGAUGAAAUUCCUUCCACUGGCGGCGGAGGAGGAAUCUAGUUAUUCCCGGCCAGAGGUUGAGUAUCUGAAAGCGCUGCAUUCCCAGCAGCAUGCUCCUCUGAACUCGUCCCACCUCCUCGAUCUGGUCCUCAUUCAGCUUGUCACCGAAGCUCAUGAGCACCAGCAGGCCAAACAUGGCGUGGUGGAGGUGAUCCUUCAGCCUCAGGCUGCUCUGGUGGUCCCGGAGGCGACGGAGGAGGAUGUGGAGGACCCAUGAGCGGGCGCGGGAGAAGGACCUGACGCGGGAAGGGUGGAGGACUUGAGCAGUGAGGUUGCGGCGGAGAAGGCGCCAUGUGAGGCCGUAGGAGGCAGCGCUGAUGUUGUGCUGGUUGGAAGAGGUGAUUAUGGUGAGAGGUGGAGCAGGUGGUCUGUCGGCGAAAACCGCGCCAUCCUGGAUGAGGGCUUGAUGGGCUAGGGAGUGGGAGAAGAUGAAGAUGGACGGACGUGAGAAGAUGCGGAUUGUGACGAUGGAGUGGUACUUGGCGCGGAGCUUCCUGAGUGCUGGUUCGAGGUCGGAGAAUCCUUUGCUCCUCAGCAUCCAGAGCAAGGUGCCGAUGAUUGGGAUGGAGAAGGGUCCUGGUGGGAGCUUGUUGUGAGAUGGGAAGAGGUGGGUUUUGCAGACCAGGAGAGCUAGGGAAGAUACAAGGGAGCUGAUGAUGGCGACUAUGAUCCAGCUGAUCUCCUCCAUGGCUGCUCUCUGCUCGUUACCAGAAUCAGAACAAUAUAAAUAGAGAGCGAUGGGAGGAGGACGUUAGAAGUAUCAACGGAAACUGCUUUUGUUUAACUGUAAAUUGCACCCUUUAAGGGUCCAAGUUUUGUCAUCUUCCAUUCGGUUUCAGUCCAAAGCGGAGUGGAGUUUCUUCCUAAUAUGGUUAAGAGAGAAGUAUUGAAUUCUCAUCGUCGUAAUUGUCCGGCUUCACGGCAACCGCGAACGAGACGAGAGGCCGACGACAAUCCCGCGGGAGAUGGGUGCACAACUGCACAUUUAAAUUUUGCGAGUGGCGCGGUCGAAGCUGACAAAGGGAAAGGAGUUGUGUC